GAACAUCCAAAAACUAGACAGGAACAAGACAGAACAGGCAUGGCAACACAAACCUGGUACACAACAGAACACAAGACAUGGAAAUCAAAAUACAAACAAAAUAGGGGAGGGAGAGAAGGGGGCCCAGUCAAGCAAAAAGAAAAACCUAAUAAGUUAAUAAAAGAGACCAGGGAGGGGAGGGAGGGCUGAGCCAAGGAGGCUCAGGCAGUACAGGAGUCCCAGCAGUGGGCCAGGGUGGAACCGGAGAGAUGAGCCAGCGAGGAUCCGGCCUAACAGGAACCCCGGCAGACCACCAGGGUGGAGCCGGAGGGACGGACCAAGGAGGAUCCGGCCAAACAGGAACCCCGGCAGACCACCAGGGCGGAGCCGGAGGGACGAACCAGCGGGGAUCCGGCCAAACAGGAAGCCCGGCAGACCACCAGGGCGGAGCCGGAGGGACGAACCAGCGAGGAUCCGGCCAAACAGGAACCCCGGCAGACCAGCAGGGCGAAACCGGAGGGACGAACCAGCGAGGAUCCGGCCAAACAGGAACCCCGGCAGACCACCAGGGCGAAACCAGACGGGGAGACCAGGAGACCUCCAGCCAAACAGGGACCCCGACAGAUAGGGAGGGCAAAGCCGGCGAGGCACUCCUCAGGGGUAGCGCCGGCAUCAGGGCUGGGGGCUCGGGCUGGGGCGGCGCCGGCAGGGCCAGGAGACUGGGCGGCGCCGGCAGGGCCAGGAGACUGGGCGGCGCCGGCAGGGCCAGGAGACUGGGCAUGACUGGAAUGACCUCCGGGCCAUGUGGGACGGGGGAAGUCUUUCUCCUUUUCCUUCUCCUCCGUCUCCGAGACUGGGGCACUGAAAUGUCGUCGGCCACUACUGGGGGCGCUGCAGCCUCAACAGGCUCCUCUGGGGGCGCUGCAGCCUCAACAGGCUCCUCUGGGGGCGCUGCAGCCUCAACAGGCUCCUCUGGGGGCGCUGCAGCCUCCUUAGCUGGGGAACGUGCCAAGAACUCCACAAAUUCCCCAAACGACAGGUGGUCCAGCCCCCUCAUACUCCACCAGCUGAGAAGCUCAUCAAGGGCGUAAUUGAAGAGGUCCUUGAGGGCCGCAUCAUUGACCUCCAAUCCCUCUGCAGUCCCACUGAACUCCAGGGCAAAAUCCCUCACACCAGUCCCUUGUUGAUGGAGAGAGAUCAAAGUCUUGAACUGGAGCAUGCGCUGAUAGUGGGGGCUGGAGAGAGUGGAGGCUGGUGGACAGUGCAAACCCUUCUUCCGCUGAG